AUGUUCAUAACUUUGGAACAACCAUUACUUAAAAAAAAAUAAACGGAAUCUAGAAGAAUAAGUAAGAAUGUUUAAAUGCAAACUUUUAAUUAUACAUAAUAAGAAGAAAAUAAUUCAUAACUUGAAGAUGUUCCAAUAACAACAAAGAAAUUCUUGCGCUAUACAAAUGGUAUUGAAGCCUAUUUAAAUACAUUUCCUUCUUUUAAUCCUGAUCAUUGGGCAAUAUUUUCUUGGCGUUUAUUUAUUUGUUUCAUAGUAAUAAUUUAUUUCUAUUUAAUACCUGUAUUAAUGUUCUUUGGAUAUGAAGUAAAUUAAAUCUUAUUAAUAUAGAUAAUCUCAGAAAAUUUGCGUAUUGAGAAUAUUGCUGUAUUUUUGUAUAUAAUGAUAUUUUUUUUGAUGAUUGAUGUUUUCAUCACAUUAAAUACUGGAUAUUAUGAUAAAGGAUAGAUGGUAUUGGAAAAGCAUAGUAUUUUUGUUAGAUAUGUAACUUAAGAAUUUCUUUUUGAUAUAAUUGCAAUUGUAGCAUUAAUUUUACAAGUAGCAUUUCGUGAUCAUUAUGCCUUUUUAAUUUGGAUUCCAUAUUUUUUUUACUUUAAAUACUAUUAUGUAACAUUGGUUGAUUCUUAAGUAGAGUAAUUAUUAUAAGUGUAAAGAAAACUUAGAGCAUUUUAUUAGAUACUAAAAUUAGUUUUAACUAUAUUUUUUUUAGUAAAUUUGUUUGCUUGUUUAUUUUAUGCAGCAGGAGAUUAUUGGAUAAAUUAACGAUCAGAUUAUGGAUCAUGGCUUAUUUCAUCUGGAUUAUAAAAUGAUAUUUAUUCAUUGCCAGUAUCUGUAAAAUAUGAAUAUUCAUUUUAUUGGGCUUUAACAACAAUGUUAACAGUUGGAUAUGGUGAUGUAACAGGAAAGAAUCCUUUAGAAAUAUUUGUUUCAAUUAUAACUAUGAUUUUUGCUUGUGUUAUAUUUGCAAUGAUUGUAAGUGCAUUUUAGAAUGUCUUUUCAGAAAUUACACAUCACAAUAUGUAAUUUGACAAAAAAAUGACUGAUAUAAAUAGAUUUAUGAAAGAUAAAAAUGUAAUUUAAAUUUAUUAAUCUAGAUUGAUUUAGAAACCUAAUAAAAAGUAAGAAGAUUCUUUAGUUUUAUGUUUAGUGAAAAAGUAAGAGACUUUAAUGAAUAGAUUCAAAUAAUAAAUUAAUUAGGACCUUAAUUAAAAGAUGAAGUAAUUAUGUAAUCCUAUGGUUUAAUAUUUAAGAGAACAUUUUGGACGAGUCAGUUUUCUUUAGAGUAUUAAUAUUUAUAAUAAUUUAUAUAAGUUUUUAAAAGAAAAUUGCAUAUUUAAUAAGUGAAUAGAUGUAUUGUGAUGGAGAGAUGGUUUUUAAAUAAAAUUUUAGUAGUUUAAAUGGAAAUAAUGAUGAUGAUUGUCUUUAUUGUGUAAGUAUUGGACAUAUUCAAUUAUAUCUUUAAUUUGAAGAUUAAGAUAUGGUAUUUUAUGAAGGAGAAUAAGAUUCUAUGUUUGGAGAACUAGGAUUUUUAACAGGAAAUUAAAGAACAUUAUCAGCAAAGAGUACAACUAUUUCUUAAUUAUACAAACUAAAAAGAAUGGAAUUUAUUUAAUUAUUAUAAUAAUUUCCUCUUGAUUUUUAAUACUUUUGUUAAUUAAGAGAUUAAAUAUUAUUUGGAUAAUAUAAUUUGAUUAAUUUAAGUUGUUUUUGUUGUUAAUCAAGUAACCAUUUAGCUAAUGAUUGUCCAAAAUCACAUUAUUAUCCUAAUAAGAUAUUUUUAAUUAAUAGAAUAAUGAAUAAUAAAUAGGAAAGAUCAUAAUUUAAAAGAAAUAAUAUUCGUAAAGAUAAUUUAAAUUUAAGAAAAAUUUAGAAAGCUUAAGAAUAAGUUAAAUAAGAAUUAUCUUUUGUUUUUGAUUAAGAAGAAUUUGAUCUACUUAGUAAAUCAUUUAGUGUUGAUUUAAUGCAUGAUAGUUAAAGUUAGAUUAGUGAAUAAGAUAUAAAUCAUGAACUUGAUAUAGUAAAUGAAAUUGUGAAUAGAUUGGAAUAAAAGAAAAAAUAAGCUUUAAUAGAAAUAGAUACUAAAUGUUCUUUUAAGAAUUAUUAUCCAAAAUUUAAUGCAGAAUAUAUUAUCUAGCAUUUUAAAAAAGAGAGAAGAUUUACCAGAGCAUUUACUAGAUUUAUUUGA